GUUUCUUUUACUGUCUAUGAUUUAAGCGCAGCGCAAGAAGUCACCAGCUAACACGGAAACCAGUUAAACCGCAACCCCGGAAGACUGUCGAAUAUCGAUAUGUCCAUAAUUCAUCUCUCUUCCUGACCACACCAGUUUCAUUUCACUCCGAAACCCAUUUUUAAGGUGUUUGUGGGACUGUGACCGAGCAUGAUGGGUACCCUCGGAAACGUUCGACGUGGCGGUCGCCCCCCGUCUUUGCUGAUGGCGGCUCUCAUCACCUGCGUCCUCCUGCUUUGCUUCAACUACUGGGUCUCAAACUCAAGAAACAGCGAGCUGCAGAGCAGGAUAUUGGAGCUGGAGGGCCACAUGAGGGAGCUGGCUGCAGACAGAGACCGAGAGCAGCACAGCAAGCUAAUGGCCAUGGAGGACACACGCAGACAGAACGAGCAGAUGGAGUUGCUGGAGGAAACACACCAGAGACAGCAGGAGAACACUCUCAUCACCUGGAAACAUGAAAGAGAUAAACUGAAGCUCAAUAUUUCCUCCAGUAUUAAAACAGUGCAAGACAUGAAGAACCGCAUGAAGUCAUUAAUGGAGGAUGUUAAUAAAAUGCAGAGCGAGCUGAAGUCCUGUCAAAGUAACAUGGACACGCUUAAGAAAUCCACCAGUGAAAUGACUCAGUGCAACAAACAAAUUGAGGCCAUGAAAGAUGAAUGCAAUGCGAAAAUUGCAGCUGCCAAACUGGAAAAGCAAAAGACAUCUGAAAAAGUUGCUUCACAGGAUGCUGGUGGUUCCAUACAGAAAGUCUCUGUUUCAAAAGCCAAAUCUGAUGUUCCCGCUACAAACCAUUCUGAUAAAAAUGUGACACAAUCUCCAAAAGGCAAACCAGAUGUGGAUUCACAGUCUAAAAAUGAUGUUCGCGUCCAAACCAAUAAGUUAGUUGUGAAAAAGGAUGAGAAAGAUGCUGUAAUUUUAGAAGACUCACCCAUCCCCACCUCCAAACUCACCAAUAAGAAUGAGACUCCUAAGAAACCAGCCAAAGAAGUUCCAGAAGCAGUGGUGGAUGUUAAAGCACAGGCUUCAAAGGCCGCAGAUACUGUAAUGGAUGAAGCAGGGAUUUUAGACCCAAAGGAAGAUGACAUGGUGAUUGGAGACCCAAAGAAAGAUGACAAGGUGAUUGGAGACCCAAAGAAAGAUGACAUGGGGAUUGGAGACCCAAAGGAAGAUGACAUGGGGAUUGGAGACCCAAAGGAAGAUGACAUGGGGAUUGGAGACCCAAAUGAAGAUGACAUGGUGAUUGGAGACCCAAAGAAAGAUGACAUGGGGAUUGGAGACCCAAUGAAAGAUGACAUGGUGAUUGGAGACCCAAAGAAAGAUGACAUGGGGAUUGGAGACCCAAAGAAAGAUGACAUGGGGAUUGGAGACCCAAAAGAAGAUGACAUGGUGAUUGGAGAACCAAAGAAGGAUGACAUGGGGAUUGGAGACGAGAGAGAGGAAGAUGCCAACAUUGAGGACAGGAAAGAGGAAGACGCUGCAAUUGGGAAGGAAGAUGCCAUUAUGUAUGACAAUGAGGGCGAGAUUGAAAAGCAGCUGUCCAAGAUUAAAGAUGAAAAUCAAGGUGCUGGUCAAGAGCUAGAGGAUGAUGUGGCAAAUUACAUUGGUGAUGAUGAAAACCAACCAGAAUCUGAGGAUGAGUUGCAGGCAGAGCUUGCAGAGAUGUAGUUCCUGAUCACGUGAUGUGUCUGUUGACAGCAACAAUUCCUCCAACUACCUGAUCAUG